AUGUUCAAUACUUUCGAAGGCAAUUUUAAAACACGUCCAAAGAUAAAUCUUGGAGGCCAGAGAGUGCAAGAGGAUAAGUCAACUCUUAUAAAAAAGAAUAAGGAACAACGUCGUGAACGAGAUAAUGAGCGUUUGCGUCAGAAAUCAGCUGUAAAGAUACAGGCGUUUUAUCGCGGAAGAAAUGUAGCUGGAAAUUUGCGCAAUAAAGAGCGUGCAUUAUGGGAUCAAAAUGCCGAAGCUAUUUUUCGUGCUGUCCAUAAUAAGUGGGAUGUAAAUGCCGCGACUUCUCUGGUUGAUCUUGUGCGCAGUUUUCUCUUUUUUUAUCGACCGAACCGUGAUAUCCAACGGGAAUUAUGUUUGUGUCAGAUUUUGCGGAAGCAGAUGUUCGAUGUUGAAACAAUAUUUGUACCAUUUUAUUACGAAGAUUUGCGCCAUACUUGGUUUCAUCAAUUGAAAAAACUUUUACUUAUAUUUCUCAAAAGUGUCGGAUCACAAUAUAUAUAUCGUGAUACCGAUAUAAUUGAUUAUUUAAAUACUUUACUUUUGACCGUAGACGUCAAUAAGUAUAGACAAUUAGAAGAAGGUGGCAGGUCCGUGUAG